UAAUACUUGAGGGGAGGACCAUUAGAACUCCAAAUGCCCAUAGAAAUUCUUGUGGAAGUGACAGAGCGUUUCGCCAUCUGAGUUCAUCAGUGUGUUCCAGCUUUCGUUUCUUGGGUAAAUAAUAAUAUAGCAAAAACGCCUGUUGCAGGCUCUGGCUGGCCAUGGCCGAUUUUCAGACUUCUACCCACCGUGCCAAGUGGAUCUUCACUCCUCCCCAACUGGCUGAAAAAUAUAAAGCUGCUAAUCAGAGAGCAAUACAAAUUUUAGAGAAGCAUGGAGCAACUCUUAUGGAAGUAGAUGUCGAUGGGUCUUUGUCAUAUCCUUCACUUCAGAAAGAUAAUGCUGACAAGCAUUCUCGCCCUAAACCCCUCAGUAUUGAAGAGGAACAAUGUAUCCGAGUUUUUUACGAGAACAAAUUACAAGAAGUGUGCAACAAUUUUCACUUUCCUCAUAAAAUCCAGGCUACAGCGCUCAUUUAUUUUAAAAGGUUCUAUCUACAGUGGUCGGUGAUGGAACAUCAUCCAAAAAAUAUAAUGUUGACCUGCAUAUAUGCUGCUUGUAAGAUAGAAGAAAACCAUGUAUCUGCUGAGGAGCUUGGUAAGGGAAUCUCACAGGAUCACCAAAUGAUUCUCAAUAAUGAGAUGAUUGUCUAUCAGAGCUUAGAAUUUGACCUUAUUGUGUAUGCUCCGUACCGCUCAGUUGAAGGUUUUGUAAACAAUAUGGAGGAAUUUUGCAAGGCUGGUGACGAAGUGCUUCCAAUGUUGAAGGCCUUGCGAGACACUGCAAGAUUGGAAAUUGAUAAAAUGAUGCUUACAGAUGCUCCACUUUUGUUUCCUCCUGGCCAGUUGGGAUUGGCUGCUUUGCGAAAUUCAAAUGCACUUCUUAAAGUUCUUGACUUUGACGGCUAUCUAAGGAGCAUCAUUUCCCACCAGAACUCUACACAUACUGUUCCUGAGCUUAUUGGAUUGCUGAAUGCAAUUGACUCGUUGGUAAAGAAAUACAAAUUUCCUUCAGAGAAGGAAUUGAAGCAUAUCAACAGGAAAUUGAAAUCCUGUUGGGGUGUCAGCUCAAAUGACGAGGGUAAAAAACGAGAGAAGAAAUCAAAGCACAAAUCCAAAAAGGGCUCCAAUGAACCCCAAAAUGUGCCUUCUCUCGCCUAAGCUUCUAUGAUAGGCCCUGCUCUCGCUACUGGGCUGCUUUUCCGGAGAUGCUAUGGUGUUUCUCUUCAUCUGUGAUUCAGGUCCCCCGGCCAGUUAUCGUCGGGAAACUAAAUUCCCUGCACAUCAUUUUAUGAACUCAAAUUUUGUGAUGUAAUUCUCAGUGGAUAAGGGCCGAGGAAAUUGGUCUGACUUUACCGGUUGAACUUAAAAAUCGAUGAAUACGUUUGGUUCUGGUAUAAAUUAUUAAUUGUUUAAUGUUACUAAAAAUCAUUUUAAUGCA